AAACGAUUAUUUACAUCGUGCUUUGGAGUUCAACUUCAGAAGUAUGGUAGAUGGUUCUUGUUUUAUUUAUUUAUUUAGAUUGAUUGCACGACUUAGGUCAAACGUUGCUUGCCUGACAAAAUGAAUCGAAAGGAGGACUAUGACUCUUACGAAAUUGAGGAGCCAAGCGACGAGGAGAGAGCUAGUAGCAGCUCUGAAGAUGAACUUGACAUUCUCCUCAAUGGAACUCCAGAACAGAAGAAGAAGCUCCUUCGAGAAUAUCUUACAGGAGAGAGCGAGUCUUCCAGUUGUGACGAAUUUGAGAAAGAGAUGGAAGCAGAGCUCACUACUACCAUGAACUCUAUCGAAGGCAACUGGGCAGCUCCUCUUGGACAAGCUGGUGUGUCCACAGGAACAAGUGGAGGCUCCGAUCCAUCUGGCACACAGCCACAACAGGUGUAUGAUAGCAUCUACUUUGACUCUGACUCUGAUUCAGAUCAGGAGGGAAAAGCAGGAAGCUCCAAGUCUCAGAGAAAGAAACAGCAUGUCAUCCCUACAAAUGACGAGCUAUUGUACGAUCCAGAUGAAGAUGACCGUGAUCAAGCUUGGGCAGAUGCCAAGAGGAGAAGGUACAGCCGAUGCCAAGCAACCGUGGGAAGGAACAGGAUGCGGUCGCAGGCUCUCCCCUCCAGUGAUGCUGUACUGAACUGCCCCUCAUGCAUGACCACACUAUGUCUGGACUGUCAGAGACAUGAAAAAUACAGGACACAGUACAGAGCAAUGUUUGUAAUGAACUGUGAUGUCAACAAAGAGGAGAUUCUGAGGUACAAAGCACCACAGAAGAAGCAGAAACAAACCAGGAAGAAACGUAAACAUGAUCAGACAGAUACAGAGCCUGAGGCUGCCCAGCCAGGAACCACAGACAGUCGUUUGGGAGGGAUGGAUGAGGACGAGAUCUACCACCCAGUGUUGUGUACAGAGUGUUCCACCGAGGUGGCUGUGUACGACAAGGAUGAGGUUUACCAUUUCUUCAACAUACUGGCUAGCCACAGUUGAGCGCUUCUAUUUGGAACACUUCUUCAUGAGUCAUUGACUUGCUGAGGUCUGGUCAUGUAAUUCAUACCCUUGCAAUCAAAUCACAACACUGGUUUGAACAACUGUGUCAACGAAAGACUGUUUUGUGAAAAUGGUAAUGGAAAGCAGUACAUGGACCAGUCACAACUCAUAGUAACUGAUUUUCACAGGCUGACACCAUAACAGUCUGUUAAGACUACCUCUAAUAGAGGUGAGUUGCAAAACAUUUAGUUUGUUAAAAGUUUUUUUUGUUUUGUUGCUGGACUGUUUUUUUUUUUUUUUUCUUUUGGGCAAUAUUAGAGGUUUAGUUAUUCUAAUGAUUUUUAAAACAUUGUCUGCAGUGUACUGUACAUUUUUAUGUGAUAUAAAAUUGAAUCCCUGAAUUGAA